UGGAUAUUGAUGGGUCUGGCGAGUUUUCAACCUUGGCGUUACUACUGGCGUUUAGAUGACUAAAUAAUCAUAAUUUAGAGAUGAGUAGCUUUCCAUCACUUGAGUAUAGAUCAUUAAAAAGGAAGGAACACUGCCCCCCAGAUGUGUACUGUCAAAGGAUUGAGCAGAAGGAGGAUUUGAUGUGUGAAGAUUUUGUCAAAGAUGGCUUCAAAUACACUAAGCCAGUGCGUGAUGAAUACGAAUCAUGUAAAGAGGAAAGCAGGUUCCUAAGUUCCGAAGCCGUCUGGAAUUUCUGCUACAAUGUUAUGCUCAAGAAGUAUGAAUGUUCCAACUUUCAAGACUUCAAAAAGCGACAGACUACGAAUAUCCGUGAUACUGUCAUUCCCGUCAUUGAUAUGUACAAAGAACAGGUUUGUGAUUGGUUUCGGGAACUAUCUAGCAAUGUCCCACUUCAGAAUCUUGGGCGUCGUGUUCCAUUUUUUAAGGAUAAGGAAGAAAGUUUGCAUGAACUUCUUUUAAAUAAAGUUCCCAUAUCUCGAGCUUUGUGGUUUGUUAAUAUGAGCGUUAUUCAAUCAACUGCAGUUGCAGAGACUGCAAAGAAAAAGCCAAGAGCACCACAGGAUCCUACUGCUGAAUGGUCCUCCACACUCUGUCGUAUGCUAUCUCGGGCCUUAGAGCCUAUCUAUGCACCAAUCAAACAUAAUGAACUUUCAGCCCUGUAUAAUGACUGGGACUACCUUUUUUCCCUACUUAUUGCUAUGUAUGAUGCGGAUAUGGCGGAUCAUUGGGAAGUCAUAAUUUGGUUGAUUAAAGUGGCGGAAAAUAUUCAUGAACAUAUUCGAGGUCAGAUGUUGUCCCCGUCCAUUAGUUUGUCACCUAAUCAUUCUUCACAUACUGGCAAAAUUGUGUCUGAUUUUCCACUGAAGUUCAUUUUACAUUAUCUGAUCAAAUUUGGACGCCGAUUUACUGAAAGUGAACUAUUAAUCCGGAGAUUACUUCAUUGGUGUUGCACCACGUUUGCAGAUGUGUUAGUUUGUACUGGGUCUGAACAUACUCCUUCAGCGACCAUGCUACAGGGCAUUUUAAAUGAGUAUAAAGACCUCGGAACAUGCCCUUUACAUCGAAACAUCGCUAUGUCAUUAAGUAGUUUGAUUACCUUCAUAGUUCUAAGCUGUCCAUCAGCUGCUCUGUGGAAUCCUCUUCCUUUCGAUACUGAACAUGCUUAUUUCAAAGGGUCACCACUUGAUCAUAUUCCACACUCUUUGAUCGCACUACCCUUACCGCGGGGAGAAGAAUCAAUAUCAAUACGUAAAUGCUUGUCAGAAGUUGAGGAAGAUAUAAUAAGGCGUAGUCAACUUGCUGAAUCUGGUUGGCUCCUUGAACCAGUUAUUGGAAACAAUGGUGAAAAUGUUGAACGUCUUGUUCGUUUACUCGAAAUAUUAGAUCGUCAUGAAUAUCAUCUUGUUCGUGAACCAAAUCCUAUGGAAUCACUUUAUAAUCGUAUAUUCAAUGAUGAUUCUAUUCAUACGGAUACAGCUACUGUUGUAACAACUUUGUGUGAAUGGGCUGUAUCACCUUAUCGUAUUGGAAUUUAUCGAUCAAUAACAGUUGCAUGCCUUCUAGAACAAUUUAAGAAUACUUUCUAUGGGAUUGGCAACAAUAAUAGUAACAGUAUUAUUAACACUGGUAAUACAGUAGUCCAGUCGACAACGGCAACUAUAAUUUCUACUGCCAAUAGUAAUAUUGGUGGUAAUAGCAAUGUUACUUCUAACAAUAAUAAUAAUAAUAAUAAUAAUAACGUUACUAAUACCACCAAUAACAACAUAAAUACCAUGGGUUUUGAAGCCUAUCAGUCAUUACAAGAAACAUUGAUUAGAUUUUUAGAUAACUGUACUACACAAUUACCACCAUUCAACGGUGAACAGUCAUUGAUUGAAAAUGAUCUAAUGCGUAAUCUGGUGUGUUUAUUCUCUGAACUAAUUGAUCGUGAAGUGUUUGAUCAUGAUAAUUAUGUGAGAUAUUUUAUUGCACGUGGUAUUUUUGAUACAAGUUUUCAUCCAUUAGCUAUUUCUGACAACACUGGCCAGAGCAAAACCAAUGUAUCAUGUAAUCUAUUGUCCUGUAGUAACAAUAUUAAUCAAUCCGUCAAUACACCGACGAAUGUGACACGUUCUGCUACUACUACUACUACUUCGAUGACGUCGACAACAGCAACAUGUCAUUCACAGACAACAGCUCAGCAUUCUGUUAAAUCGGAAUUCUCUGAAGAUAUGGAUCGUUAUAGUAUGGAUAAUCCUGAUUCUGUACGCUCUGAAUCUGGUGUCAUUAGUAUGAUGUCACUUCAGUCCUUGAAUGUAAAUAGUUCUGCUAGCAUAACGAAUGUCCCAACAAAUCCUCAUCAAGCAUCCACUUCAUGUAAUCGUUUAGGUCAUUCAAGUCAAUCUGGUCACUUACACUAUUUGAUUCAAUUCCCUAUACCACAAGAUGAAAGUUAUGCACAUGAACAAAAUCAACGUUUUCAAUUGUUGUAUGGUUCUGUUCGAUCACGUGAUCGGGCAAGAUAUCCUAUUCGAAAGUUAGUACGUGAUAUCUGUAAGCUGUUUACCAAGAAGAUUUAUUUAAUCGAUGUAUUUCAUGGUGAACUCGGUAGACGUAAAAAGAGUAAAGACAGAGAACGUGAAAAAGAUGCCAGUAAUAAUAAUAAUAAUAAUACUAACAGUACUAACUCUAGUUGCCUUGGAACAGGGAUAUCAGUAGCAGGAAUGACAACAGUCACACAAUCUACAGCUUUAAGUACGGCAGCGUCAACUGCAGCAGGAACACCAGGAAGUACUGGAGGAAGUGGAUCAAGCCAUCGAAACACUAACGAUGAUACUAGAUCAAUUGAUGAACUUCAUGAAGAUAUAAUGAAACGUUUCAUUAAUUUAUCAUUUUAUGAUAUGGAAUAUGUACUUUCACAGUGUACUCCAGUAUUUGUAAAAAUGCUUAAUGGUUCCAAUUGUCAUUCAACUACCAAUACACCGGUUGAAGAAAUUACUAAUACAAAUCUAACUACAAUGAAUACAAAUUCACCAUGUUCAUCAUCUAAUUCAACUAAUAAUCAAAAUAAUAUUAUCAUUAACAAUAAUAGUAAUAGUAAUAAUCAAUUAUCAAUGAUCACAACCAGUAUUCAAUCGCAUAUUUAUAUGCCUGUACCAAGUUCAAUAUUUUUAUUUUUUGAAUUAAUUGAAAUAUCAUUGAAUAUUACAUCAUUAAUAUUAACUGUUAUUGAUACAUUGGAACGUUUAAAGAUAUUAUUUGAGAAUCGUACACAUUUUAUGACAUUAUAUAUGUCAUCUUUAUGCCUUAGAACUGUUGGUAUAUUACAACGUUAUCAAAAUGUAGUAUUUACAAUGGGUGAUAUAUCAAGUCGAUUAUUUCCUACAUUAAUUGAACAAGUUAGACAAGUGAAAGAACCAACUCAAUGUGGACCACUUGAACGUUGUAUUCUAAUUUAUUUAAAUGAUUUAUUUACAUCGAAUGUUGUAGUUAAAACACGUUUCUCUCCUAUAUAUGGUAAAGCACAUCAAAAAGUUAAUGCAUUAUUACGUCGUAUUGAUCCAAAUGAAGGUAUAAAUCAAUUUGAUAUAGAUUAUGCUAAUGAUUUAUUAACAACAACAUCAAUGGAUAAUUUAACAUCAUUUCGUGCUUAUGCUGAAGAUUUACGCAGUAAAUCAGAUUCAAGAUAUAGUUUUGUUUGUAAAGCUAUUAUUUGGAUAUGUCAAGCGAAAACAUCUGAACGUGUUAAUUAUUUAUGUGGUUUAUGUGCUGAAUUAACUUCACAGUGUAGUGAAUUAACAUCAGAAUGGCUUGGUGCAUUCUAUGCUAUUUUAGCACCACGUUCAUAUGUACACGGUUAUAAUCCGUUAGUGAGUGCUAUUGAACCAAGUCAUAUAUGGAUAUAUGAUAAUUUAAGUUCAUUAAUUGGUACAUUACUAUCUAGAUAUUGUUUUACUAUAUCAGAUUUUUUACGAUUAGUUAUAUGUCCAGCAAUGGCUCAAGGAUUAGAUGAUGUUAGCCAACCAGUUGGUGCUCAAUUAGAAUCGAUUAUCUCUUUAGCUUGUCAUAUACUUCAUCGUUUAUUUACAGCUGAGUCAACUGUUAGUUCAUUACAAACUACUUCUAGUGUAUUGACACCAACUUUAGAUGUGAACACAUCAAAUAAUACUAGUGCUACCAUUACUAGUAAUAAUAACGCCAUUAGUGCAAAUUCUGAUACAUUGUUGAAUCCAUCACCUCCACCUUUUCGUAUAUCUGAACCACUACUUUUAACUGCUGCAUUACAAAAAGUGACUUCAGAGUUUUUAGUUGAUGUGCUUAAAAUGCUUAUUGUACAUAGUGACAAAGCUUCAGUUGAAAGUCAAGCUCCAGGAAGUUUACAAGGAGAGAAUACUGAAGAAUUAGAUAGUGAUGGCAAUGAUGAUGAUGAUGAUGAUGAAGGUGAUGAUGACGAUGAUGAUUGUGGUGAUGGAAAUCCAAAUGAACGUGAUGAUAACGAUGAUGAAUUAACAGAUGUUGACUCUGAAGGUGAUACUUCUUUCAAGAAUGCAGCUCGUAAACGUCCUAAAAAUUCUCAACAAAAAGGUUUUAAAUCGAAAAAAUUUAAACGCCGUCGACGUCGUUUACAAAAUCGUAAGACAAUUUCACAGGUUCAUUACAUUGUACAACGAUUUCUUGAACAAGAUAUUUUGCCUACGAGUGUGGAAUUGCAUUCUUUACCAUUAAAUGCAUUAACUCAGUUAGUUCUACGUGAAAUUUGUACUGUAUCAUGGGUACGUGAACGUUUUCAUCAGAUGACUCCAAAUCAACUAAUACGUGAAAAUGUUUUGAUUGAUAAAAAUUUCUCUCAAAGUCAAGCUAGACGUCUUUUACAUAUCAUAUAUUGGCCGUAUGAUUUAUCCUGGACAGAUAUAGCUUCGACAUCUGAAGGACUUUCUGGUGCAAUGUGUCAUGUACUACGUGAUUUAAAUAUAUGGACAUUAAAAUGUGCACAAAUGGAAUUUCAAUUAUUAUACGCUCAGAUAUCAUUUUCACAACAAGGGGAAGUACUUGGCUAUUUGGCACAAUCAAUUGUGCAAGGAUUUCAAGUUCAAGUAUUCAAUUGGCUUGAUUCUAAUAAUUGUGGAAAUUUUCAGGAUGGAUCAAUGGGACAUUUUGAUGGUCUACCAACCAUUGAAUUAGGUGAUAAUGAUCCUGUUUGGUUAUUACCUGCACUAAUUGCUAAGUUACCAAAAUCAUUGAAGGCUCAAGUGGUCAAAGUUACAUCAGAGAUAUUGAAAGGUAUAAAACAUUUUUGGAAGCAUAAAAAUGAUGAAGAUAAAGAAAGUGUACUAUUACAGAAUUCUAUCCUUUUAUCACAUCCAACUUUUUUAUCAUUACUUCAAGUUUGCUUACCUGAUGCAGAUUUUUUAAUUGAUUCUUUAUAUGAACAAAUUGAAUAUUUUGUAUUGAAUGCACGUGAUAUAGCUGAUCGUGUACCGGAUAAUUUACAUACACGACAAAUAGUUCAACAAUGCUUAAAAUAUCGUUUAAUAUUAGUUGGACAAAAAUUUCAAUAUAUUCAAUCAGAUUCAGAUAUUUGUACACGAUGGGCUACAUUAUUAGCUCAGUUAAUUAGUCAUGGUGUUACAGAGCCUGAAUCAAAUUGUACUCUAUUUUAUAUGGUUUACGAUAUGUUACAAAUAUUGAUACAUACUUUAGCAGCACGUUCUGGUAUCGAAGGUAAACAUUAUCAAUCUGUAGCUAAAAAGAUACGUCGUGAAUUAUCUGAGCGUCCUCCUUGUUCAGGCAUAGAAUAUAUCCGUCCAUUAUUAUUACUUACUAAGGGUUCAUAUACAAUUUUUGUUACCGGACAAUCACGUCAAUCAUCACGUGGUGGAACAUCAAAUGCAACCAGUAGUGGAUCACUUGGCAGUAACACAGGAGGUGGUUCAAUUGGCAAAUUGAGUGGUAGUAGCAGUGGUACAAGUGGAGGUGGUGGUGGUUGUGGUAAAUCGAGCAAUUCAAAAGGAUCUGGUGGUAAAGCUGCUGGACAUAGUUUUUUAACCUCUACAACUACCUCAAUGCAUCAAACUAAUCAUCGAAAUCAACAACAUAAAAAACGUGGUUAUAUGCUACUGGGGAAAGAACGUUUCGCGCCUUGGGAAGUAUAUGAUCCAAGUAAGCAACCAUUACUUUUAUCAAUGCAUGGUGCAGUACAUACAGAGUCAGUGUUAUCACGUGUUGAAGAACAAGCGAAUCGAUUAAUACGUCAUGAGCAUUUUCAUAAAAUAUUUCGUCCACCUGAAUUUUAUAUGAUACCUAUUUAUCCAGAGAUCUUAGAAGAAAGUAAUACAAUUGAUGGCAAACAGUCUGAUGUUGCUGAUGACGAGAAUUCAACUAUAAUGAAAGCAAUAAAAAUAGAAAAUAACAAUCCUGAUGGUAAUGUAACUAAUAGUACGGCUAUGAGUAAUGUGUUUGGUAAUAACAAUAACAGUAGUUCUGUCAAUUCAGUGGGAGAAUCACAAAUUCUAUCACUAAAUGAUAUUGUACAAAUGUCAGAUACAGAUUUAUCUGAAUGUGCAAAUCAGUUUAUUCAACUUAGUACUGGCAAUAAUACUAAUACCACUACUACUACUACUAAUAACAGUAUUAGUAGUAGCAGUAACAACAUUAACCACUCGACAGUUCUGUAUGAUCAAAAACUUAAUAUUUCUUCAAUGUCUUCUCACACUAACAGUAUAAUGUUUAAUGAAUCCAAUAAAUCUGUAAAUGCCAACAGUCAGAUUGAUUUAAAUCAUAACAACAUGAUGGUUAUAUCAUCAUCUUCAUCUCCUUCAACUACUACUCAUACCGUUGCUAGUAGUAUCCAUCCGGGAUAUGGAAAGAUGUUGAAUUCGAGAAGUAAUAGUGAAUUGAUCGAUAACUUGUCAUUAAACAAUCCAAUAAAUACUUUUCAGUCAUCAUCGUCAGCAGCAGCAGCGACAUCUGGUGCUGUUUUACCGUUAUCCAGUUCACAAAUUCAUUCUCAUCAACAAAUUCAUGGUCAUCACCAUCAUCAUCCGCAACAACAACAACAACAACUACUUUUAAACUCAAAUCAAACAUUCCAGUCAGCGCGUAAAAUGCCAUCACAGCAAAGUCUUAUGAAUGAUUAUACUAAUAAUAUGAAUGAAUUGGAGCAGAGAUCUAUACCUGUAAAUCAUGUUGGACAUAUGAGUACAAUUAAUUAUCCUCCAAGUCAUCACAGUCAUCAGUUAGAUAUAAAUAUGCAUAAAGGUAAUAAAAUGGUGGGUAUAGAUUACAAUGACAGAAUGAUUUCAUCACAGUCUUCAACAUCUCAGCAACCAAUUCAAGGACAGACACCAAUACCUCCGUUACCGCCUUCAACACCUAUGAGUAGCACAGCAGCACAUGUGACAACAACACCUACCACAACAAAACGUAAACGUGGAUCUGGACGUCGUGGAGGUGGCGGAAAUUUAGCAUCCUCACUCCGUUCUACUGGACCAAAUAGUUCAUCUUCACGUGGUGGUAUGCAUACUACUGGUUCAAUGAAUGUAAGCUAUGAACGAGUCAGUAAUCCUUCGGUGAAUGUAUACUCCUAUAAUGUUAUUAAUUCUGAACAACAAAUAAAUGAUUCGAAUCAUCAAUGGGGCGGCAAACAAAAUGUUUAUAAUAUGAAUUUACUUGAAUUACAGCAACAACAUCACCAGCAACCACAGACACAUGUACAGCAGUCCUCUUCAUCUACACGUGGUCAACAACAUCAACAUCUAGCUAAUUUAAGUGGAUUCCUACGUAAUCGCGCACAGCAGCAACAACAACAACAACAGCAACAUCCUGGACAGUCUUAUAGUUCGAGUUUCAAUCCAAGUAAUCCUGUUGUUGUGUCACAUUCAGGUCAUGCGUUUGACCAGUCCCAACUGAGUAAUCAGUUUAACCAAUCGAAUACGCAUAUGCCUGAUACUGCUCCUCCUGGUUCAGUGAAAAGGAAUUUAACAACCAGUGGUGGUAAUAUCUCUCGAUCCAUACAACAGUCAUCACAACAACAAGUUUCAAGUCAACAACACCAGCAACAACCUCAUCAAAUGAUCAGUCAUACUCCUGGACCACCACAGCAAAUUCCACAGGGUGUACCUAAUCCACCACCAUAUCCAGUUUCUAAUCAACCUCAACAACAUUCAUUCCGUAUUCCAUCUGAUGAGUCCUAUAUGAUGACUAUCAAUGACUCAAAUAUUGAUGAACAAUUUAGACGACAGUCACUGAAUCCUGUAAUGAAUCCCAUUCAUCAGUCGAAUACAGUUUUAUCACGUCCACAAGCUUAUGAAUCCGUAACAAAUCAAAUGCAAGCUGAAACACAGCAUUUAUCAUAUAUGCCAACACAAAGUGAUCAGCAAAUAAAUCAGUCUAGACUGCAAUCUCGUAUGAUUUCUCAAUCUCAACAACAACAACAGUCGGGGCAAAUGAUGCGACCUGAUAUGAUUCCGACAUCAGUUAUGGAUACUGGCGGUAACAAUAUUCAAUCAUCUGGUAAUUCUCAACAAUCACAUAUACAGAAUAUAUCUCAUUCAUCGUAUCCACGUUAUACUGGGUACUAAUUUUUUUUCUUUUUGUUCUGAUUUCUGUUCUUCUUAUGUACAGUAUACAUUUCAUCUGUAAAAAAAAGUAAUAAAUGUAUUUCUUACGUUUAGUUUUUAGAACUAUUUCUCAAAUCCCUGAUGUUGUGUUUCAUUUUACUUUCUUCUGUUGAUAUAUGUUCAUCUUUCAUUUUCGAGAGGUUAAUAGCAGAUAAAUGUGCAAAUAAAAAUAAUUAUGUA